GUCUUCGUUUCGUCGUUCUUUCGAUGACCGUGUGGGCGAAGUGAAGAAUAUUUUUUCCUUUUCGCAUUCAACUAAAAAUUGCGCGUGUGAUGAAAAGAAUUUAAUGGAAUUUGCAUUAAAAUACUAAGAUUAAUUAAACCCAAUCAAUCAUAUUGAUUGAUUCUAUAAAAAUUGUGACGCAUAUUCGUGUGGAAGAAAAGAAGAAAAUCCAUACUUUUCGGAAGAAAGAAAGAAAAAAAUUCCAAUGCUAAAGCAAAAAAAAAGUGAAUUAAUCAUUCACAAUGGAGUAAUUGCUUUCCAAUGAAGUAAAAAGAUUAUUGUUUUUUUUUUUACAUAUUUUUCUCUGAAACGCUGCACAGGAACCUCAAGAAAAUCAAAAUUUCCAUUUUCCACGGCGAAUGAAAGUUUUAUAUACUUAAAAUCUUAUAUAUUUUCUUUAUAAAUUAUCGAAUUUUCUUGCAUCUCUGUUGACACAGGCAACGCAUACUGUGAAUUGUGACUCUUAAUACAUAACGGCAAAAUCGUGUGUGAAUAAAUAAAACUAAACUAGAAAUAGAAAAACUAAAAUUCGCCGCAUCUUUCGAGAAUCACAAUCUUCAUUGGCCUGAAACAGUAGUUGUUAGAAAGGAAGUAACAUGGCUGAACUAAUGAACAUCGAUAGCAUAAUAUCCCGGCUUCUAGAAGUACGUGGUGCCAGACCUGGAAAAAAUGUCCAACUUUCAGAAACCGAAAUCCGUGGAUUGUGUCUUAAAUCGCGAGAAAUUUUUCUUUCACAGCCAAUUCUAUUAGAAUUGGAAGCUCCACUUAAAAUAUGUGGUGACAUCCACGGACAGUAUUAUGACUUGUUGCGUCUUUUUGAAUAUGGUGGCUUUCCACCAGAGUCAAAUUAUUUGUUCUUGGGUGACUAUGUUGAUCGUGGCAAGCAAUCUUUGGAAACGAUAUGCCUGUUGCUUGCAUAUAAAAUUAAAUAUUCAGAAAAUUUCUUCUUGUUAAGAGGAAAUCAUGAGUGUGCCAGCAUAAACAGAAUUUAUGGUUUCUAUGAUGAAUGCAAAAGACGCUACACUAUCAAGUUAUGGAAGACAUUUACAGAUUGCUUCAAUUGCUUGCCAGUUGCAGCUAUUGUUGAUGAGAAAAUUUUCUGCUGCCAUGGUGGCUUGAGUCCUGAUUUGUCGUCAAUGGAGCAAAUUAGGCGUAUUAUGCGGCCGACAGAUGUACCAGAUCAAGGACUGUUAUGUGAUCUUUUAUGGUCCGAUCCUGAUAAGGACACAAUGGGUUGGGGUGAAAAUGAUCGUGGUGUUAGUUUCACUUUUGGAGCUGAGGUGGUAAAUAAAUUCUUGCAAAAGCAUGACUUUGAUCUAAUAUGCCGAGCUCAUCAAGUCGUCGAAGACGGCUAUGAAUUCUUCGCCAAACGACAAUUGGUUACUCUUUUCUCGGCUCCAAAUUACUGCGGCGAAUUUGAUAAUGCGGGUGCAAUGAUGUCCGUGGAUGAUACGCUGAUGUGCUCUUUCCAGAUAUUGAAACCUGCAGAUAAACGUAGAUUUGUUUAUCCUAACUUUGGUGGUUCGGGGCGACCAGUGACUCCACCACGUGGCGCAAAUAAUAAAAAUAAAAAGAAAUAAAUUUAUUAUUACUACUAUUAUAUACAAAUAAUUUUUGGGUUAAGAUAUAACUUUUUUUUAAAAAAAUCCUCUAUAAAUAUUUUUUUUCUGUUCUCUCGGAAUGUCUUAAAAACAAACAAAAGUAGAAAAAACAAUCGUUCUUUUAUAUUCCUAAACGUCUGUUGGUCUGUCUGUGUGAUUUUAUUUUUCUUUUGUUUCUAAUGAUUAUAUAUAUAUUUUUUUUUAUUAUUUGUAAGUGUAAAUUUUGAAGGAAAACAAAUAAAUUACACAUGAAUAAGAAACAAACAAAACAAAAACAAUGAGUUAAAGCUAAAUACACUGAACACAACAACAUUUAUUCAGAGACGUGGAGUUUUGUUUUGUUCAGUAAAAUUUUCAUUUUAUAUUGAAUUUUGUGUUGUCCGAUGAUUAAAUGCAACAAAUCACUCAUUUUUAAUGCUAACAUUCCCCCUUUCAUUCAAGGAGUUUCCAUGUUUUCGCUUCUGAAGCAAAAAAACAAGAGCAAGAUUCAUGAGCUUUUUAUGUGGAUUUUUAUGAAACUUGUUACUUUCCUUAAAUAGUAGGAUGCACCGCGAUCUUGUAGCUUGUAAGCUGAAACUAAUUGUUUCAAAACUUCCCAAAAAGCAACUAAAAAUCCUUCUGUUCUUUUUGACUUUAAAUUUUUAAUUUCAUGGACACCCUCUUAAAAAAAAAAAAGAAAUACAAAAAAAAAAAAACUUGCCAAAUUCUUUGUGUAUCCCAUCGUUUAAGAUCCUUUUCAUUAUAGGCAAUUGAUUUAUGAAUUCGUUUUGUCAUUUUAAAUGGGGUGUUUCGUUUCGCGUUAUUACCCAGAAUUUAUAAAAGAAUAAAGAUAUUCAAAUCCUGUUGAUUUGAAAAAGUGUUAUUUGAGAUAAUUUUCACAGUAAAAAAGUUGUUUCUUUAUUCGUAAAACAAGACUACCACUGACAUUGGCAGAAGAAAGCAUGUGGAUUUGUACUUGUUUUAUCUUAAGCAUGCAAUUUUAAACGCAUGUACAUUAUUCAAAAUCCAAUUUCAUAAUUAUAGCUUGCAUGUUUAUAUAUUGUUUCCUUCAUACAAACACACACUCACACAAACAAACAAAACUAAUAUUUAAAUAUUGCAACAUUUUAAAAGAGCAAAUCGAGCUUUAAUUAAGUUUUUAAACACUAAACAAAAUAUCGGAACGGAAGAAAAACAAAACUAGCAAAUAUAAUCAAAAUUAUUUCUUUUCUUAAGCUUUAUCUUGCAAUACGUAUAAUAUUAUACACACACACAUACAUACAUAUGUUAUACAUUUAAUUAUUUUUUUAUAUAUAUUUUUUUUCGUAAGCUUUGAUUUUCUUUUUGUAGCGUCGUAUUUUUUCUCUACUUCACAAAAAAGUAAUAAGACAUUUUUUGUAAUGAACGACAAAGAGUAUUGAUAAUAGUAAUAAUAAAUUAUAUAUAUGAAUGAAUAUAUAUAAACAAAAAAUAAGGAUUCCAAAUCCAAAGUACAUAAAAUAUAUAUAUAUAAUUUUUAAAAUGCACAGAGACACUCGUAUGAAUUUUUUUGUAUGUUGUGUGUAAAGUUAAAAUUUUCAUAACAAUACAAAAAUAAUUUUCUUUAACAAUAAGCUGACUUUAUUUUUCUUAAUUGCGCCACAAGUUUUAAUUAAAAUAUUUAAAACAAAAAUAUCACAUAUUAUUUUAUUGUUUUACAUUUUUUAAAUUGCAUUGCAUAUUUGAAACUAAGCAUAUUAAAAAAAACAUGUUCUUGCAAUUUUAAUAAACUUAAACAAUAUACAAAAAAUAAAAAACGUUUAAAAUAAAAUGUAUGUGAACAAGUAAUAAAAAUAGUAUCAUGACCACCCCGA